GCGCAACAAGUGCAAAACUUUUGGCCCAGACAUCAGAUCUGUGUUUUGAUUUCAUUUGAAUGGCAGUGAUUGGGAACCGGUCCUCAAAACUGGUUACUCAAAAAAAAUUGAGAAAAAACAACACAAAAAUUUCAAGUUCAAAAGUGAAAUAAGUGAAACAAGUUGCUCCAUUUAAAUCGAGACCGAGAAACUACCCGCAAUAUUUUUUGGGGGAGCAGACAACUACUUAAAUGCUGGACACCCCUAUGAAGGUCUUGCUGUCAACUGAUAAAGAGAUAAUGCGGCUGCAAAAAUUAAACAAUAGUACGACAAGACAAGACAAAAGACACGUCGAAGAUUUGAUACUCUCAGAGAAAUACUGCGCCAACAUGCGACCAAUUAUUUCCCGUUCGCUCUUUGUGCAAUUCACUGCAAUGGGAUUGGUUUUGGCCUGCACUUUAAUUCAAAUUCUAUUCUUUGCCAACUUUCUGACGGCACUUUCGGCCAUAUGGUACUUGGCCGCUGCUGCUCUGCAAUCCUUUCCCAUUUGCUUCACCUGCGAUCAUAUUCUGGCGGAUUGCCAAAAACUCUCGAUGGCCAUAUUCCAUUCAAAUUGGAUCGGUGCCGAUCAUCGAUAUACUUCGGCCCUCAGGCAUUUCAUGCACAAUGCUCAGCAACCAAUUCGUUUUAUGGGCGGCGGAGUUUUGCCCAUCUGCCUAGCGACCUACAGCCAAAUGGUGAAAAUGGCCACCAAGCACUUAAGUAGAAAAUGA